AUGGAACCUUCGAGCUCGUGCAAGUCCAGCCAGCCCAAUCCCCCCAUUGACCCAGUUCUCAAGCACGACUGUUCCGCGUGUACCAAAAACUCAUGCGGCGACUGCAGAUUGGCAUUUGGUCACUGCGUCAAGAUGAUCGACAUGCACAAUGCUCGCGUUGAUGCUGCGAUGGAUUUGACCGGGAAAAAAUUUAAGCAAGAGAUUCGCAUGAUUCUCGGAGAGAACAAGAAGUUCACUCGCGGUUUGAAACGCCAGCAGGAUUGA